AUGCUUUUAGUGGCGACGGCGGUUUACCUAUACUACACAGCAUGGACUCUCCUCAUGCCCUUCGUUGACGACGGCCAUCCACUCCACGACCUCUUCCCGCCGCGAGUCUGGGCGAUCCGCAUCCCCGUUAUCCUGACUCUGCUCGGUUCCGCAGUCGUCGGAACAUUCCUUGGCGUGGUUAUGAUUCGGAGUAAUCGGAAAAAAGCUGCGAAGGCGAAGGCGGCUGCUAAGAAGAAAGCGUGA